AAGCGCUACUUGGAGUUGCCGUCGUAACAACAACACAGAGACAUCAUAAAAUUUUCACACACCGACAAUGUCGAGAUCCUUAGCUGCUCUUGUUUACUUAUCCAUACUUUGCCUUCAAACCCAUCUCUCUAUCUCCGCCACGGUUCCGGUUCCUUCCGUGAACGGCGAAAUCGACGCAAUGCUGAACCGGGGCGGCGUAAUCGGAGAGGAGGAAGGAGAAGAGGAGAUGAUGAUGCCGUCGGAGAUUAGUCGGAGAGUGAUGAUGAUGCGGAAACGGUAUAUAAGCUACGAAACAUUGAGGAGAGACAUGGUUCCUUGUCAGAAACCAGGUGCUUCUUACUACGCUUGUCGCUCUGGUCAGGCUAAUUCUUACAACAGAGGAUGUAGCAUCAUUACUAGGUGUGCUAGAGACACUAACGAUAUCAAGACUUGAUAACAUUUUGCUGUUGUUGUUGUCUUUGAAGGACAUCUGAGUUUGAAAUGGAGAUGCUAUGAAGAUGCUCUCUUAUUAUUUUUACUGUGUUUGUUUGUUGUUUGUAAUGUUGUUGGUUAUGUUUGAAUAGUGAUAUGUGAUUUUGUAUGAUUUUGGCUAUAAUUGAUAUCUAUAUUCUUGGAAAGUGUUGAUUUUGGAGUGAUACAGAUGGAAGAUUUGUUGAAAUUGUAGGAUAAAGUUUGGGUUUUUAA